AUGUCAAAGGAAAGUCGGUUGAAAACUUAUUUCAGAGCAACAACACUUCAUGGGUUUGCAUAUCUGGCAAAUAAAAGAAAUUCGUUAGCAGAAAAGUUCGAAAAGAAUUUUCAAUUAACAAUGUUUUGGAUUUUCGUUCUGGUUGUUUCCAUCGGUUGCAAUAUUAUUUUAGUGAUGAAGCUUUUUGAAAGGAUUGAAUCAAAUCCUACAAUUAUGUAUCGAUCCAAUGUUGCAACACAAGUGACUGAAAUUUUUUUUCCUGCCUUAACCUACUGUUCAUCAAUUCUGAAAAAUUCGUCUAUAAGGAAUACAGCAUUGUUUAAGGCUGCUUGGAAAUUAGUAACUGAUAACGACACACCUGAAGAUGUUUCUACUAUUCAGCCAAAAAAUAGAAAAAAAUUCUUUGAAUUACUUUCAAAAGAUGUUUACUCAUCUUUAACGUUCCGUGGAAAUUGGUUGAAUAGUUACAAAUUGAAAAUGAGGAAAUCUUUAAUGUCUUGUGGAAUUUGUCAAACAAUCAACUUAGCCGACAUUAAUGAUGUUAUAAAUUCAAGCAAUGUUUCUCACUCUUUUAACUUUGCGAAUUUAGAUAAGAUACAUCAAAAUCGUUUUAGUGAAUAUAGUGCGUUUGUGGAUAAACCUCUUGAAACAUAUCCAUGGAAAACAAAUAAUUAUGGUUCUGGUAUUCAAGGACUCAUCUCCAACCCAUACGAAACAAGAGCUGGAAAUGGAUUCAUCAUUUUUAUUCACAAUCCUUAUGAAUUGCCUUAUGAAGGUCAUCAACAAAUGAUUCUGAAUGAGGAAGAAAAGGUAACUUUUCUCGUAGAACCUCGUUUGAAGAUCUUAGACGAGUCUUUGAUGAAUUUACCAAUUAAGAAACGCAAUUGCUAUCUGAAAGACGAAAAGGAACUUUUCAUGUUCAAAGUCUAUACGAAGCAUAAUUGUCAACACGAAUGUCUGUGGUUUUAUAUUCGAGAUCAAUGCAAUUGCAUUCCUUUUUACAUGUUACAAAGUCCUUCGACAACAAUUUGUUCUGUUGAUAAAAAGAAAUGUUACAAAGAAGCACAUAAAACGUUUUGGGAACUUCCACAAGAGUUCUGCGACUGUUUAGAUUUAUGUGCGAAUCUCGAAUAUAUCAUCGAGCAACAUAAAUCUUUGUUAACUAAAGAUUUGAUUGGAAACCAAAGGGAAAAUGCACCAAAAUCUUUUAUAUCCAUUCGGUUCAAGAACGAAGAAUUUUAUCCUUUAGUGACCAGCAGUUUCAUGUCAUCUAUUGAUACCACUUCUGAUAAAAGUUGUAGAAAAAGUGGAAAACCAAAUGGCAAUGAAGAACUUUCAAGCAAUUUAUUUUCUCUUUUUAUGAAAGAAUCAUCUAUCCAUGGCUUGGUUUAUAUGAAUGAUCGAAAGUUAAGCUUGAGUGAAAGAUUCAUUUGGAUUGCAUGUUUCAUAAUCUCGAUGACUCUGUGCAUGUUGAUGAUAUCAAAGCUUCAUGUUCAGCUUGGCACGCAGGGAGUUAUGACUGUGAUGGAGAAUCCAAUGAGCGUCUCAGAAAUUCCGUUUCCUGCUGUCACAUUUUUCACUGAACAUCCUAAAUCCAAUAUAAAACCUCCUAUAGAUUAUAUUGAGAAAAUAGCAUUAUCAGAUAAUUUCAACGAGACUUAUGCAUGGCACGCACAUGACAUUUUUAAAGGAAUGACAGUUGAUGCUUUAAUUACUGGAAAAUUUUUUGGUUUAUAUGCAUAUAGUCGAAAAAUGGAAGAUAAAACAAAUUACCAUGUUAGAAGCUUUUCUAAUUCGAUUGUUCCCCAAAUAAAAAACAUUUCAACUUCAAGUUGGUUUCAAAAUCAGAGUGGCUUGUGGAUGGACAAAUAUAAAACUCACUUUUCGGAGGUGUUAACAUCAAAAGGCAUCGGACUUUCUUUCAAUGCAUUGAAUGUCAGCAGCAUAUUGAGAUUUGAUCAACUUUCAGAAGAUUUUCUUAACAAUGAAGAUGUAAUUUUUAAAGUAGGAUCAGAAACAUUCAAUUCUGAAAAGCCAUGGAAAGUUGCAUCAGCGGACAACUCUUUGACAUUCAAGAUCUCGACAAGUUCUACUGCUAAGAAAAAUUCUUACAACAAAGCAUUUUUUGUUCACUCGAACAACGAGCUGCCGAUGAAUCUCUUGCAAUCUGACGAUGUUAUCGUUUUCGAAGGUGGAAAGUCACUUGAGAUCUUAAUCACACCAGUAAUGAUAACUAUCAAUGAAGACGUCGAAUCUCUUGGGUUGAAUGAACGAAAAUGUUUCUUGAAAGGAGAAAAGCGUUUGAGAUUCUUUAAAACUUACACAAAACGUAAUUGUGAGAUCGAAUGUUUCUCUAACUAUACAGAAAGCAUUUGUCAUUGCGUUCCGUUUUCUGUCGUAAGAGAUCCUCUGACAAAAGUGUGCCACCUAAAGUCAAUGAAUUGCGUUAGUAAAGUGAAAUUGAUGAUUCAGAGAAGACAAGAUGUUUCAAUACUUGAAUCUUGUAAUUGUCUCAAAACUUGUGAAAAGCUUUCUUAUGAGACCGAAAUAAUCGAGAGCAGAUUCCGUAAUUUCUACAUAAACAGGCUAAAGCCCUUAAGUUGCAGCAGAUAA